AUGUUAAUAAAAAGUCAACCUAUAGCUCCUCUAGAAACAAUUUAUGAGGAGUCAGGUAGUUUUAUUGCAUCAACUGUUGAUAUUGAACGUCAACUAAAUAAUCAAUCAUAUAUAAAUGAGACUUUUAAUAGUCUCAUUAGUUCUCAUACAAUACCAACAAUUAAUAUAUUACAACAAAAAACAAAUGAAAAUCAAAAAAAACCUCCUAUUGAAGUUCGGUUUCGAGAUGGAUCGAAACGUUUUAUAUCUCCAUCAUUAACAAACCCAACAACAAUGGUAACAAAUAGAAGAAAAAUAUUUAAUUCUUCUCAUGAUAAUUUAUCGUUAAAUAAUCAACAAAUAAAUAAUGGAAAUUUUCAUGCAAAACAUUCAAAAACUCCAUUAGUUAUAACAAUUAUAACAGCUGAUGAUUUAAAUGAAGCUGGAAUAACACCAACAAUAUCAUCAUCAUCAUCAUCAGAUGAUUCUGAACGAUCAACUAUAGCUGUAUCAUUAUCAAAAUCAUCAAUUGAUACUGUAAUUACUGUACAAGAUAUUCGUCAAGGUUCUAUUCAACGAUUACCAACUACAUCAUCUAUAAAAUCAGUUGUUAGUGAUUCUUCAAUAAAUCUUAAUAGUACAUCUGCUAAUUUUCUACAACAUUAUCAACAACAACAUACAGUUACAAAUAAUCGUUUAAGUUCAACAUCAUCACAAACAUCUUUUACUUCAACUAAUGAUUUAUCAACAAAUUCAAGUCCAAAAACAAUUAUAUCAUCAAUACAAACACCAUUGAUUAAUGAUGAAAAUAAAAAAAAAUUAUUAAUAAAUUCAAAUAUUAUUUCUUCUUCUAAACAAUUAACUAAUGAAACAGUGAAUCAUAUAAAUCAACCACAUACAACAUUAUUAUCAGGAGGUGGAAGUCGUAGUGCAUUUCGUCCAUUUCAUAAAUUGGUAGGUUGUAGCCAACAAACAUUUCCUAUUACAUCACAAACAUCAUUAAUUAUUAAUGACAGAUCUAAUUAUUCUCCACAUCAUCAACAAGAAAUAGUUUCAAAUAUUGAACAUAAUCAUCAAAAUUCAACAAAAAUAUUAUCUCAAUUACCUUCAACAAAUAUUAAUUCAUAUGUUACAAAACCUUCUUAUGAUACAACAAUAUUACAACAAAAAAAAAUAUCAGAAACAACAACAAAUCCAUCAACAUAUAUUAAUUCUUUAGUAGAACAACUAAAUCUUUCAAAUUGUCAAAAACAAUCAUUUCCAUCAUCAAAUUCAACUAUAAAACAAACAAAUAAUUCUUUGACGGUACCGAAUCUAUUCAAUAUUUCAACUAAUUCAGGACAAAAUGUUUCAGUAGCAAACAAUUCAAAUAUGAAAUGGUAUAAUGUAACAUCAAAUUCAAUCAAAGAAAUACCAAAUCUAUCAAAAAAAUAUUCCGGUAUACCAUUACGUGUAACAUUACCUACUGGAACACCAACACAUAAUCAAAAAUUAAUAACUAAACAUGAUCGUGCAUUAGAAAAUCGUCUUUUAAAUGCUGGUUUAUCACCUGAAACAGUUGCACUCUAUGAAAGAAUACUUAAUAUUGCUGAAAAUCCUUCACUAUCAAAAAUAUCACCAUCAAAUGUUAUCAAUCAAUAUCUACAAAAUCAUUUCAUAUAA